AUGGAGUACAUUCUUCAGCUGCAAAACUCGACCAUCAGGACAACCAUCGCCGACACAACAAGGGCACAAUGGCAUGGCUACCCUGACUUUGCGCCUAUGCUGGAGGGACUGCCCAACCCUGGAGAUGUACCUCCAACACCGCCAUUGUACUCGUUCUUGGACCUGAUCAACCUUGCGAGUGAGGCAAACGACGAGGCAUCCGACAAAGCAUUCCUUCAACUGCAGUCCUACUGUGUCGGCGCAGACCCAGCCUUGUUUGCUCAGGUUCUGGCUCGGUUUACUCUGGAGGCUGGAGAGUCAUAUCCGUCGCUGUCAUCAACAGCCAAGACGACGGGUUGGCUAGAGUGGGUUAUCAACUAUAAACCAGGGCUCUUACGGAAAGGCGAAAUGGCAAGGCGACUGUGGACAACAGCAAAGCAGAGGGGGGAAGAUAUCGACAAGAUGGCAAUUCAGUGGAUUGUGGCUGUCUUGGCAAAGAAACAGGAGCUUGCAGCGGAUGCUUCUCGGCGGAGGAAACAGGAAGAGAGUAUAGGCAACAACACACAGAGCUGGAAUAUGGUCCAGUACCAGAGCCACCACGACACUUUAUACAUGCUUCACUGCGGGCCAUUGGCGCAGCAAGGCUUGCCACUGUGGGAUAGCGAGUCCGUCUUGAAUGCGCUCGUAAAGCUGCGGGACGGGACUGAUUACGGAGCGUUUGAGAACCAGGCACUUUUGUUGACAAAUUCUCUCGAGCGGAUAUUCACAUGGCUUGAAUCCACCGACUCGGACGAUUCUAUCGAAGAACUGAAGUCUCGGGCGGCGACAUAUAGCAAGACUCCCGAGAUCAUGCUGUUCGCCAUGGAUACGAUUUUGAAGUACCUGGACGGCCGAUGGAUUAAGGAGGAUAGCAAAGACGAGACGCGGUCGAAAGCCCUGACGAUAUCGUUGACUGACAUCAACCGCGAGCGACAACCCAUCCAUUACAAAUCAACUGGCCUUGCAGGAUCAUUCAGUUUUCAGGAUGGAAGUUAUAUCAACCGCGGAAAGUCAUUGAGGGGGAAGGAGGAGCAAAAGGCUCAAGGCCGGAUUCAGUCAGUGCGCGAAUUUGAGAUUGCAGACCUUGUGGCUCGAUGCAUGGAUGGACACGACUCGGUCAUUAUUGAGCAGUUGAUGAGAAGAUUUGUAUUGCAUCUUGGAAUGAGAGUCGACACCGCUAUGGUGAGCGCUACAUCGGCCGCUAUGAAGCACGCCGCACAACAACGCACAUCAUCGAAGGCGUAUCCAAAGGAGCUGGAUGAGACCACUUGGCUAGCCCAGCUUGCGGAGCAGACGGGACUGAUCCCAGACCCUAUCAACCAGGCAGCAGUUCUGUUCCCAUUGAUCGAUUCCAAGGAUGUCGGAUCCGUGUUGGAGCAAUGCUACUAUGUGCUCCUUGUCCGGAAUGCAGAGUCCCUGCAGACCCAGCAGCAACAGUCCGUGCAGCAACAGGUUACCACAGACAACCAAGGGCCUGAAAUCUCGUUGAUCCGUCGACUGAUUUUCAAGCACGCCACUCGGACGUUCCAUUUGAUGCCUUUGUUCACAGUGUCGGCCACUUCGUGA